AACUCACAUCUCAGCUUCCUGUUCUACAGGAAGUAGUGUUCUUGCUUACAUUUUUGGGGUCCAAGCCAAAAAGUACAGUAACUUUAGUUGGUUCUGUAAAAUAAUGGUUGACAGUUGAUAAGGAUUAUUUAUUUUAUAGUAUUUUUAAUUUACGCUUUUCUUCGGCCAUGUCUGCAAGCUGCUGCUAUUUUACCGUGGUGUUUCUGGUCUCGGCUCCUUCGUUCUUGUCGUGUCUGCUAGUUACGGGCGCUCAGGUCGCCUUGGUCGAGGUUCUGCUGAUAGAACGUCCAGAUGUCAGCACCGUUCUACAAGGCGAGGUGCUCGAAGCGAACUGGGAAAGCAGCAGCGUACCCGAAAAACACAAUCAACAACAAGAGCAUGAUCUCGAAGGGGACCUCAUAUUAGUGCAGGAUGAGGAGCCGCAGGUGAGCCGGGGCAAAGGUGGGGGUGUCCAAGCCAAAGACCAGGAGCCAUGGAUAGGUGUGGUGCCUGUCAAAGUGGAGGAGAGCAAAGCUUCCACUGCUGGGAACAGCCAGGAAUCCUUUGCUGCUGCCGUUGUCAAUAAAAUGAAACGAGCCUUGGUCCUGGGGGCUUCUGCACUCAUCAUCCUAGCCCUCAAUCAGAACACUAUCAGAGAGAUGGAUCUGUCCCAAGUCCUCUCUAAGCCAGUCAUUGUCAUCCAGACAUCAGAAAAUGUUACCAAGCUUAUCGGAGCACUCCUCAGGGGCCUUCAUGCUACUGUGAAAAUCACAUACAAGACUAUUCUACAGGACAACUUGGGGGCCACCCUGACGUUGUGGUCCACGUGCGGUCUCUCCAGAGGCGGUCUGUAUGGAGAGUGGCAGGGGGUCAUCUGCACCGGAGAGACCAACUCGCAGGUCCAGAAAUACCUGCAUCAGCUGUGGAACACGGUCCUACUGGUGGCUCUGAUCCUAUGUACAGGGGUCAUAGUUCAGGCUCGAUGGCAGUACCAGGACAACCAACUCAAUGACGACCUGGAGUUACCAAAACAGGACAUCCUGAAGAGACUGUCUUCCCUGAAGACCAGGAUGUACCGGCAGCCCAAACCGUGGUGUGACCCAGCGCAGCUAGAGACAGACAACUGUGCUGUCUGUCUGGAACAGUUCAACAACAACCAGUGUCUUCGCGUGCUGCCCUGCCUCCAUGAGUUCCACAGGGACUGUGUGGAUCCGUGGUUGCUCCUGCAGCACACCUGUCCUCUGUGUAAACGCAGCAUACUUAGUAACCUCUGUAGAGACAGCUAAUAGUAGCCUUGGCCAAACUCCUCACCCCACUGACCAGGGCCUUUUUUUUAAACUUUUCAUGUGUCAGAAUUUCGAUUCUUUAAUCCCCAUUUUUGCUAUCCAGGUUCAAAUCAAUCUGUCUGUUUUUGAGCCAGUUUUCAGAAAAAAAUAAGGAUCAUUCUGAUCCAGAUACCACAAUAUCAGGAUCACACAAUCUGGAUUUUCAGUGUUUUGAACAGGCCUAAAUCUUGACAUCAACUGGACGAAUUGUGGUACUACUUCUACACUGUCAUAGGGUAAACGAGAUGAGUAAAUUACAUGAAUGGGGGAUCAAGAUAAUCCAGGUUUUUGGCAUCAAAACCAUCCUAUCAUUACCUUUUAGAGUUUUGAAAAAAUGCAAAAAUGACAUGAUUAAAGGUCAGAUUGGAUUACCAAAUCCUUAUCUGGAGGAUCAUAAUCAUAUUUUUCAGUUACACUUUUGUAAUAAUUUUUAAUCCUAUCCGAUUGCGGAAUCCGAUCAGAUAACUUCUGAAAACCUGGGCCCAGAACAUUGGGAUCAAGUUGUCUUGUCUUUCGUGACUAGUUUUCAGUAGCAGUUCCAGACCUCACCUCUUCCUCCUGCACUGGAUUGUGGGCAGGGGAACUUCUCCCAGCAGCUGGCCUUCUUAUUGGACAAUGUUGACCUCUGCCCUUUUGGGGACAGCCAAUCCUGAAGCAGCUUCACUUAUCUAUGUGGUACUGUAAAACAAAUGUUACUGUACCAGUGUUGAAACAAACAGUACUUUCUUCCUGGGAUAACAUACUGUAUAAUGACGUUACUAUAUUCUCUCCCACUCUGUAUGUGUCAUAGAGUACUAGUGCCUCAUGGUGAAAGUGUCUAUACAUGUCAAAUUCUAGAAGGGCAUUCUAAUGUUCUGUGAAUCUGUGGUGGAAUUCCAUGUAUGUUCUUUACAGGGAAAUUAAUGUUAAGUCCAAGGCAUUUAAAUGUGAAAAAAUAAGAUAUAGCUAGGUUAAGUUAUAUUUGCAUGGAUGUUAAAUGCAAUAUGGUACAAAGCAUGGUUAACAGUGUGUUGCUAACUGGCAUCAAAACACAUCUGGUCAUUUCGGUCCCAUAUUCCACCAUAUCACAUGGUCGGUAUAAUCUCAAAAGUUAAUUUAAAUUUGUAUAGAUGGACUAAUUUCAUCCAGACUAUUAUUGUGUACUCUUAAAGAAUACAAUUUCAAAGUUUGUGUUGAUUCUGAAUUAAUAGGAAUAAGGGCAGGGAGAGAACAAUUAAAUUGUUACCCCUACUUUUGUUAAACUCUGUAGAGACUGCUCUGUGAGGUAAAUGCCUUAUUAACCAGAUAACCAGAGUAGCUGUACAGACAGACAGCAUGUUACAAACACAUCCGCACUUAGAGUGUACUACUUGACAGUACUUAUGUUAUAUUAAUCCUUUAUGUAUUCCUUAAAUUAUUUUACUAUAAACCAGUGACCUUGCAGAACUGAAACAGACUUGAAACAGAUUGGCUAACCAAUAAGUAUAGUAUGGAAAGGUCAAAUGGAGUCACUUGUAAUCACACUUCAACCACUUUCACUCAACCACAUCCCACAGGCCAUCAUUGUAAAUAAGAAUUUGUUCUUAACUGACUUGCCUAGUUAAAUAAAGGUUACAUAAAUAACAUUUUAAUAUCUAGCAACACCUUAUAGGGAAUUGUGAAUACUCUAAAUGCUUCCUACCAUCAGCUAAUCACUAGAGAAAUAUAGCUGCAGUUCCCAUCUUUCACCAUCCUAUGGUAUUAUGUUGCCACUAGAACACUAAAGUCAACGCUCAGUUCACACAGAAAUACUCCAUUGGAAAAGCUCUAACCACAGUAUUAAAUGUAUUUAUUAUUUUGUUUGUUUUUAAAGAGAACUUCAAAAAGCAAAUUGUAAUGUUUUUUUUUACAAAAAUGCUCUUAUAGAUCUUUCUAUAGGAUUCUCUUGUUAUAAAGUAGCUGUGCAUGGCGAGUCAGAAGCCUCUAGAAGCUGUUCAAUGUCUGUCUGAGGGACAUUUGGCCUCUUAGGCUGCACUUCCAAACACACACACAACUGUUGUUAUAGCAGCUCACUUUUUGGGUUGAGGCUGAACCAUGGUGGGUGGGGAUUGGCUGGGUGAGGAGAUAUGAACUACCACAGACACUCUCACUUCGUUCAGACAUUGCACACACACUCUGCCACCCCUGGUCCUGGCCUGCCUGUCAUUUUGAUGUCUAGUCCUAUAUUUAACUGACAUUCAUUGUUCUUCCAGAUCCAGCAGACAGUGGUUUCAGUGACAGUCAGGCCGGUCGCAUUGGUUCUCUUGUCCUAUUGGAGUCUCCUCUCUCUCGUUUUAGUCAUAUGUUCCUUGUUCAUUUGAUGACGAAGUCAAAGCUAAUGAUUCCAUCACUCCAAAACUUAAUAAAUGGAUUUGUUACAUGGCAAAAAAUAAAUCUCUUGUCCUUCACUCACUCCAUUUUCAGUCAGCACUUUGGUUUAACUGAAUCCAUCUACAAUAUUGGACUAAACAACUGAAACUAAACAAUUCAAACGUGUCUCUAAACAUUUCAGCAACAGGCCACUUGGCAACCAAAGUUCUGUUAUCAUGGAACUAAUAAUUGGUGUCCCUUUGCGAUAGAAAAUGGAAAACCAGAAUGUCUUUACUAAAAGAUAACAGAAAAAGGCCUAUAAAUAUGGCCUGGUCGGUGAAUCCCGGCAGAAAGAAUCUGACUGAUGAAGAGGACAUCAAUCAGGGCUCAUGACCUUUGAGCCCAGAUUAUCUUUCUCUCUUUCCUUCCUUUCCACGUUUCCUUCCUUUCCGCGUCCCGUCUUGUACGCACCGUCCGCUAGGUCAGUUGGUUGGUCUCCAUGGCAACACUUAUCAUCAGGAGGGGAUCAUUCCUUUGUUCCUCUUGCGGUCAGACAUAGCCCUGCGGUUGUGGUUGGCUCCCCUGCUCUUGUGGGCCUCCUUCUUGCGUCGGUCCAGAAGGGUCUCUGUUGACUGGCCCUGGCCUUUAGGUUUACCCACCACGUCUCUCUCUCUGGCAGGCUCCGGACGGUACCUAGGAGGAGGAGAGGGGUUCAAAUGGGAAAUGCACACAUUUCUCAUAAGCAAACCUCAAUUUAGGAUGUCUUACAUUGUAAUUGUAAGACAUGUAGCAGAACUUAAGGACAAUAUAAGACAUGGAUUUAAGUUAGUGUGUGUGUCUCCGUACCCCUUCCUGUGUUGCAUGGUAGCUCUCCUGGCCUCUGCCCUCUCUCGCAGCAGAGCUGGGUCCUGAACAAACUGGUCUCUCUUCACAGCGCCAUCCUGAGAACACACACCAUGGAAAGGGUUAAUGAUACAACACAUAAACAAACACUAAACAGUUUAACCUAGAUAUAAGAAUAACACUACAGCAUAGCCACUGGUUCAACUAUGUCAAACCUAAUAUAAAUAAUCUGGAUAACAAAACAUGGUACAUAGACAGCCUUAGGUAGCUAGCUAUCUUGUGGGCAAGAUUUUAAACAGCGCCAUACAAUCAAUAGAUAACACUUACCAUGCCCAUAUUGUUGAUCAUAAUAACAAGGCAAGCAACUGUAUAGUUAGAAUAAUAAAGAAUAGGAAUCAAGGGUGGUAUUUGAGGAAAGUGGCAGGUAUUGCUAUUAACUUACAUCACAGAAAAGUCCAUAGCGGUUCGUGUGAACCAGCAUUGUUCUAUACAAGUUGUCAUGACUUGCCAGUCCUGAGAUGGAGAUCGGGGGUGCCCUCUCCUGGGGCUGUUGGCCAGUUUCAUGAUGGUCGUAAAUACCUUCCCUUGCCAAGCAGUAUGGAGGGAGAGACCUUACGAAUUUUGGCAGGAGAAGGUCCUUUGUUCUACUACCUCCCCAAAAUUGGAGAAUUAAACAAUAUUUCUAUUUUUGAGAAUGUGGAAAUGGUCAGUGGAGACCAAAUCGAAUUCAACAUGAGGGUUCUUUUUAAUGUUGUGACAUCAUGAAAGAUGGUAGAACCACAUAACGGUACCUCUGUCUACACUUCUCAAUUAUGAGGUGUGCAUCUGAAUGUUGUAUAAAAUGAAUGAUGAAGUGUCAGAAUACUUUUGAAAAGACAGAAAAGUGAUUUUAGUCUUCUAAAUGAGAAAAUAGUUUUUCAUGUAAAGUUUACCAAGUCCGUAACCAUGCCCACGUGAGCACAGAGAUUAUGCAAAACGUAAUGGAAUGCCCUUUUUCCUCAAGUGUUUAAAAGGACGCGCUGAAGAAUUAACAUAUUAGACCAGCUAUGUGCAGCGCCAGCUGAAUACGUUACUAAUGGUUAAGAAAUCUACCACUCUAUAGACCAAGCAGACUAAGGCGUAAGCCAAAUGUUGCAAAAUGGUUAUAAAUUCUGAAGCUAUCAAUCAAUACAGAAGAAGCAAAUCCUAGACGUCGCGUUAUCAGUCUGCAGCUGAAAACGUACGUAGCCUAGGGAUGAGAACACCGACAACCUCUGAAGCAUUCUAACGAGAUCAACUGAGAACUACUGUACAGGGUACUUCAAAGUAUCCAUUCUUACCACCAGCACAACCAGGAGCUCUACCUAAGGACAUGGUGAUCUCUGGUGGCCAGACCAGAGUCAUACACCCAAUAUCUCCGUUACCAAAGGAUUUGGACGAUCAAGGACAGCUCAAUCGUAAAUAUAUCAUUUGCAUUCUAUUUUCUCCGAAUGAACGGCUAUCAGAGUGCUUAAGAUUUUGUAUUUUCGUGAGCGAAGCUUCCCAAUGUCCAAUAGAGUAACUCCUUUGUCUCCCUUCCCCCACCUCUCUGAAUUCGCCACCGUGUUACAACCAAACUGUCCUGUUUUGUUGGUCUUCUAGAGACUAUUUACUGUAUAAUGUUAGUGUAUAUUCUGUAAUUGUUUAAUUAGUUAGUAAAUAAAUAAUUGAGCCAA